UGUGGGUGAGAGACCCAUGGCGAAGUACAUUUGAAAGCAGAGUGUGACAAGGGAUAUGUCAAGGUAAAGCAGAGUUUGAGGAAGAGGCCAAGAGCCCUGACCUGGGAACAAACCUGAAGAGAAAGAGGUCAAGCAAUAGUGAUUCUAUGGAAAGUGAUGCUGCUCAGGAAGCCAAGCCCAGGGAGGGGCUGGAACCCGGGAGCAACCCUAGCCCAUGCUCUGUGCCCCCAAAGAAGAGCAGAGAUGAUACAUCUACCAAAAAGGAAUCAUUGGGCCACUGGAGUCAGGGCUUGAAGAUUUCCAUGCAGGACACCAAAAUGCAGGUUUACAAAGAUGAGCAAGUGGUGGUGAUCAAGGAUAACUACCCCAAGGCUCGUCACCACUGGCUAGUCUUACCAUGGGCCUCCAUUUCUAGUCUGAAGGCCGUGACCAGGGAACAUCUUGAACUGCUCAAACAUAUGCACAGCGUUGGGGAAAAGGUGAUUGCAGAUUCUGCAGCGUCCAGCAAAUUCCGCUUCCGACUGGGAUACCAUGCCAUUCCCAGCAUGAGCCAUGUACACCUUCAUGUAAUCAGCCAAGAUUUUGAUUCUCCUUGUCUUAAAAACAAAAAACACUGGAAUUCUUUCAAUACAGAAUACUUCCUAGAAUCACAAGCUGUUAUCGAGAUGGUCCAAGAGACUGGCAGAGUGACUGUCCGAGAUGGGACAUCCGAGCUCUUGAAGUUGCCCUCCGCUGUCAUGAGUGCCAGCAGCUGCUCCCCUCCAUUCCUCAGCUGAAAGAGCAUCUAAGGAAGCACUGGCCAAAGUGAUUCUGCAGCACCUGAACUUCUGCAGCAAGUGUGGCUGGUUGCUUCAAGUAAACUCCUGGCUUCUAUUCUGGAUUGCUUGAGA